UCAGCCGAGCAGUUCCUGGAUGUCAGAGAUGACCGUUCGUCCAGGGAAUAUCUGGAGCAGUGCCAGCUUCCCCAGCCCUGAAGCCAUGGCCCUCGGUCUCCUAUGGCUUAGCCUUGCCCUGCUGGGAGCCCUGCAGAUCCAGGCUGAGGUCUCCACCCCACACCUGAUCCCACUUCCAUCUAUGCGCAGGAUCCCUGUGCAGCCUCGCUUUCAGAAUAAGCAGUUCCAGGGGAAAUGGUACGUCUUAGGAUUGGCAGGGAACGAAUUUAAUGAAGCAAACCACAGCCAGUUUAAGAUUUACGCCAACACCUACAAGCUGAAUGAAGACAACAGCUACAAUAUCACCUCCACCUUUGCCUGGAAUGACACCUGUGCCAACUGGGUCAGAACUUUCAACCCAACUGCACGGCGAGCCCAGUACUCUCUGGCCAACAUUGAACGGUACACUGGAAUCCAGAAGUACUUCUUUCUGGUGGUGGCCACAGACUACAAACAGUUUGCCAUGUUGUUCUUCAAGAAAUUUUUCAGAAACCAAAAGUACUUCAAGGUUGUCCUCUAUGGGAGGAGCAAGGAGGUGUCUCCUGAGGUGAAGGAAGAAUUCAUCAGCUUCGCCAAAUUCCUGGACCUCACCGAUCAGCACAUCAUCUUCCCUAUCCCCAACGGUAAUCCCCAGCUGGGGAGAGGAGAAGGCUAA